AUGGCUCCGAGUGUAUUGGAUGCGACUGGACAUAUGCUGAAUGGGUUCGGCGACCACAAGAUUGAUACCAUGAAUCCACACGACUUGGUGUACUUCGACAAAAGAUUAACACCAAAGAAGUACGAGAUCAAGGGCACCAAACCAGACUCCAAGAUAUUGUUUAGCGAUGUGAACAUAAUUGAUAGCACUGGGGCUGAUCCGUUUCGUGGCGAUGUCUACAUCGAGGGUGAGCUCGUCAGUAAAGCCAUGGAGCUGAAGAAUCUAACGGAAGCCAGGCGAGCGCAUCAAGGCUGUCGGCGAAAUAUCAAACAAACAGUCUCUAUUGACAGAUCCAAAAGUAAACUCGGAGAGCUUGGUGUCGAGGAGCACACUCUUGUCUCAGCAAGAUCAGCACAAACUUAUCUUGAUAGCGGUUACACUAUGGCGUUUGGUGCUGCCUCGGCCAAAGAACGCCUUGAUGUGGUCAUUCGAGAUGCAAUCAACGAUGGCAAACUGCCAGGCCCUCGAUACCUUGCUAAUGGCAAGGAAAUGGCAGUUCCUGACGGUGAACUCGUCCCAGGCAUCACUGCGUUUGCAUCUGGCCCACUGGAAAUGCGCGAGACGAUUAGACAUCAUGUCAAGCUCGGUGUGGACACGAUUAAGUUGAGCAUGUCCGGUGAACAGAUUACAGAGACCAGAGACGCCCAAGACUGCUACUACUCACACGAAGAGACUGCAGCUUGUGUCGAUGAAGCUCAUCGUCUAGGAGUACGUUUGUGUGCUCAUGCUCGAGCUCGAGACAGCGUCAAACAGUGUAUUCAACACGGUGUUGACAUUAUCUAUCACGCUUCAUGGAUCGACGAAGAAGGAAUGCAGAUGCUCGACGAAAACAAGACUAAGCACAUAGUCGCUCCGGGCAUCAACUGGCUCAUCGCCACGAUAUAUGAGGCGAGCGCUUUUGGAUAUGCUCAGUCGAAGGCAGAGGAAGUUGGAUACAAGAAAGAGCUUGAUGCGGCCAUCAAGGGGCUCAAGGAAAUGCACCGAAGGGGCAUCACCGUCCUACCUGGAGGUGACUAUGGCUUUGCAUGGACACCGCAUGGAACAUACGCUCGGGAUCUGGAGCACUUCGUGAAACUCCUUGAUUUUACGCCCAUGGAGACGCUAGUUGCGUCGACUGCAGGUGUAGCGAAACUGUUCAUGCGCGAAGACGAGCUUGGUAAGAUCAAGCCAGGUUACUAUGCUGAUUGCAUACUUGUGGAUGGAGACCCUAUCAAGGACAUCACUGUGCUUCAAGAUCACGACAAACUCAACGUCAUCAUGAUCAACGGCCGAAUUCACAAAGCAAACUACAAGGAAUUCAUUCAAGUUGAAGUGCCCAAGGCAGACCUUGUACCAGAAGUCCAAUCAUUGACGAAUUACGUAGCAUAUGCUCUGGAUGAUGGCACUCACAGGACCAGGAUAGGCCAUCUUGAUAUCAAAGCUGGCACCAUCACGCCCCUCUCAUUUCCUAGUGGCACUCCUUUUGAGAACCUCUACCAAGCAAUCGAGGUAGGCUCGGACCAGAUAGUGCCUGGUGACGAUCCUUUCCCGUUGACUGACGAUAUCAAUAUUCUUCCUCCCAUCUCUGGCAGGGACAUACUUGCAGUGGGUAAGAACUACGCCGAACAUGCGGAAGAAUUCCAUGCUUCGGGAUAUGAUAGUAGCGACAAAGUCUCCAUACCUUCCCACCCUGUGAUUUUCACGAAGCGAGCAACUUCGAUUAUCGCGAAUGAGGAAGAGAUUCUGCUUCACGAGGGUUUCACCGAAACACUGGACUACGAAGGUGAGAUUGGUGUGAUCAUCGGGAAAAGCGGGUUCCAAAUUUCAGAGGCAGAAGCUUCACAGUACAUUUGGGGAUACACGAUCAUCAACGAUGUGACAGCACGAGAGAAGCAAAGAGAUCACAAGCAGUUUUUUAUCGGUAAAUCUGCAGACUCUUAUUGCCCCAUGGGUCCGAUAGCGGUGCCAGCGCACGCUCUACCUGAAAUUCUGACAGUCACAACUAAAGUUAACGGAGAGAAGAGACAGGAGUCCACGAUCGAUAAGCUGAUUUUUUCUAUACCCAAACUCAUCGAGACCCUAUCACAAUCGCAAACACUAAGACCCGGCGAUGUUAUCGCCACUGGCACGCCUAUGGGAGUCGGAUUUGGUCUCAAACCUCCAACGUUCCUCAAACCAGGAGACAUGGUUGAGAUCUCUGUAACAGGACUAGGUACGUUGCGCAAUAAAGUCUCGGAGGCCAAAGCUUCGAAUUACGUUGCGGAAAGAGUAAAGAACGAGACUAGCGUACCUGUCAACAACCUAUCAAUCACAUCUGGAGGACUUGGUCUCACGACACUACCACAAAGUGGCAAGAGACUUGACGUGCAGAGGAUAGGAUCCGGGCUAAAACUGCUGGUUUUCAUGCAUGGACUUGGUGGCAAUAAAUCCUUCUUCAGUCCUCUACUAGCUCAGCUAGGCCUCAACGAUCCAGAACACAAGCAGUGCACGAGUCUGCUUUACGACUUCGAAGGUCAUGGCCUAUCACCUACAAGCGCGCGCAGCACGAUCACAGUCUCAAGCUUAGCAGAUGACCUAUACGAGCUUCUCAAGCUGGAAGCUCUAGCAUUACCAACCAACAACCAAGUCACGCUCAUCGCACACUCGAUGGCAUGUCUCGUCGCCGAACUCUUCGCAUCAAGACAUCCAGACCUAGCUCACCAACUCAUCCUGAUCGGUCCUCCACCAUGUCCACUACCUCAAGCUGGCUACGAAGCAAGCACUCAACGUGCUGCCAAAGUACGAGCAGAAGGGAUGCGCAAUGUUGCGGUCGCAGUAUCCACAGCUGGCACAUCCGCAAAGACCAGAAAAGAACGACCUGUAGCGUUCACAGCGGUGCAAAUGAGUCUCAUGAGUCAGGAUCCCGAAGGCUACGCGAAGGGUUGCACCGCGCUUGCAAGUGCGAGAGACUCAACAAUUGACCUGACGACGCUGGGCAGCGAGGUUCUUAUCAUUGCAGGUGAGGAGGACAAGGUCAGUCCGAAGUCGUGGGCGGAGAAACUCAACAAUAUGUUGGCAAAGAGUCGGCUCGAGAUUUUGCCCGAUGUUGGCCAUUGGCAUUGUUUCGAGGAUGUUGAAGGAGUUGCGAACGCGAUCCGAGGUGUUCUAUUAUAA